AUGAACAAGCAGAUAUAUCUCCACUACAACUACACAGGGAAGCUGGAUAACCGUCAGAAUGGAAAAAUCACAGGUGGUGGCGUCACCUUGGAUGCUAAAACCAUCGUGUUCCUCAUCAUCUGUAGCUUCAUAGUCCUGGAGAACCUGAUUGUUCUAGUAGCAAUAUGGAAAAACCACAAGUUCCACAACCGCAUGUACUUCUUCAUAGCCAACCUGGCGUUGUGUGACCUUCUGGCUGGGGUAGCUUAUAUCGUCAACCUCCUCAUGUCAGGGGAGAAGACCCUUCACCUGUCCCCAGUGUUGUGGUUUGUGAGGGAAGGGAGUAUGUUUGUGGCCCUGGGGGCUUCCACAUUCAGUCUCCUGGCUAUAGCCAUAGAGAGACAUCUGACCAUGAUUAAAAUGAGGCCCUACGACACCAAUAAGAAUUACAGGGUGUUCUUGCUCAUAGGGACCUGCUGGCUCAUAGCUAUAUCCCUGGGAGCGUUGCCCAUCCUGGGGUGGAACUGCUUGGACAACCUCCCUGACUGCUCCACGGUCCUACCACUCUAUACCAAGAAGUACGUGGCCUUCUGCAUCAUCAUCUUCAUGGCCUUACUGCUGGCCAUGUCCAUCCUGUACAUACGCAUCUACAUGUUGGUGAGGACCAGGUAUGUAUUGAUGCUAUCUUAUGGUGACCGAUUGAUCGAUCAGCCUGUCUAUCUGUCUGUCUGUCUGUCUGUCUGUCUGUCUGUCUGUCUGUCUGUCUGUCUGUCUGUCUGUCUGUCUGUCUGUCUGUCUGUCUGUCUGUCUGUCUGUCUGUCUGUAAAUGCAUCUACAUGUUGGUGAGGACUAGGUAUGUAUUGAUGCUAUUUUAUGGUGGUCUAUAAUGAUAUAAUGGAAUGUUUAUGGCACUUUUUCUGGCCCCUGACUUGGUUUUCUGUCUUCUGUCUUGUACACUAAUGGCCGGUUUCCAUCCAUCCAUCCAUCCAUGCAUCCAUGCAUCCAUGCAUCCAUCCAUCCAUCCAUCCAUCCAUCCAUCCAUCCAUCCAUCCAUCCAUCCAUCCAUCCAUCCAUCCAUCCAUCCAUCCAUCCAUCCAUCCAUCCAUCCAUCCAUGCAUCCAUGCAUGCAUGCAUCCAUCCAUGCACACAUCCAUGCAUCCAUCCAUCCAUGCACCCAUCAUGCAUGCAUCCAUCCAUCCAUCCAUCCAUCCAUCCAUCCAUCCAUCCAUCCAUCCAUCCAUCCAUCCAUCCAUCCAUCCAUGCAUCCAUCCAUCCAUCCAUACAUGCACCCAUCAUGCAUGCAUCCAUCCAUCCAUCCAUCCAUCCAUCCAUCCAUCCAUCCAUCCAUCCAUCCAUCCAUCCAUCCAUCCAUCCAUCCAUCCAUCCAUCCAUCCAUCCAUCCAUCCAUCCAUCCAUCCAUCCAUCCAUCCAUCCAUCCAUCCAUCCAUCCAUCCAUCCAUCCAUCCAUCCAUCCAUCCAUCCAUCCAUCCAUCCAUCCAUCCAUCCAUCCAUCCAUCCAUCCAUCCUUCUAUAUAUGGUUAUAUUUAUCACUCUGUCGUUCUAUCUAUCCAGCAGUCGCAAGGUGACGAAACAUUCUAACUCGGAGCACUCUAUGACCCUCCUCCGUACCGUCAUCAUCGUGGUCGGCGUCUUCAUCGCCUGCUGGAUGCCCAUCUUCGUCCUCCUCCUCAUCGAUGUGGCCUGCGAGCACCGCUGCUGCACCAUCCUCUACAAGGCCGACUACUUCAUAGCCUUGGCCGUGCUCAAUUCUGCCAUGAACCCCGUUAUCUAUACCCUGGCCAGCAGGGAGAUGAGGAGAGCCUUCUUUAGCUUGGUCUGUGGCUGUCUGAUGAAGGGGAAGGUCUCCAGCAGUGGUGAACCCAAUAAGCCCAGUAACCUGGAGCACAGCAGGAGCGCAGCAGGAGCA